AUUUUGGAAAAAUAAGAAGAUUUGCUUCAUUACGGUCACAAGUGUUGAAAUAUAUAAAAUUUAAAAUCGAAUAAAAAUGUGGAAUAAUUAUAAUAGAAAAAAGAAACAGGAUGCAAUAUUUCUCAAUGUUAAACCGGUUGCAAAUAAUAUUAGUGUACGGAAAUAUUCGAAUGGUUUGAUGGAUCGUUUAGAUAGUGGAUUUGGAAAUUAUAACAAAGAAAAAAGAACCAGUCGCCAAUCAAUAUCAACUAUUGAUUCCAUGAACCAGCAAUUUUUACCGAAUGUCUUUUAUCGAAAUAUUGCUCCCAUAAAAUGGUUUUUAAGCAUAAUUGGAGCCCUGCCGAUGAAACGGUCUGGACCAGGAAAAGCUAAAUUCGUCAUUGGAUCGAUUGUUUUCGCUUAUUCUAUUGUAUUCUUUACGCUUCUAAUGAUUUACGUUGCCUAUGUUGCAAACAAUCGUAUCAUUAUUGUUACAUCACUAAGUGGACCAUUUGAAGAGGCCGUCAUUGCAUAUUUGUUUCUGGUUAACAUAUUACCAAUAUUUUUAAUACCAAUAAUGUGGUGGGAAACUCGUAAAAUAUGUCGUCUUAUUAAUGAUUGGGACGAUUUUGAAAUACUUUAUUAUCAAAUAUCGGGCCAUAGCGUUCCCUUGAAUUUAAGGCGCAGAACACGGAUCAUAGCUAUUGCUUUGCCUAUACUUUCAAUACUUUCGGUGGUAAUUACACAUGUAACAAUGGCGGAUUUUGAUUUGAUACAGGUUGUACCCUACUGUAUUUUGGAUAACUUAACAGCUAUGUUGGGAGCCUGGUGGUAUCUCAUUUGUGAAGCUCUAAGUACUACAGCUAAUAUUUUAGCAGAACGUUUUCAAAAGGCCUUGCGUCAUAUUGGUCCGGCAGCUAUGGUUGCCGAUUAUCGAGCGCUCUGGUUGAGAUUGAGCAAAUUAACACGUGAUACUGGCACUGCAACUUGCUACACAUUCACUUUUCUAAAUCUAUAUCUAUUUUUCAUAAUAACUCUUUCCAUUUAUGGCCUAAUGUCACAACUUUCCGAAGGAUUCGGCAUCAAGGAUAUUGGUCUAGCCAUUACGGCAUUAUGGAAUGUCUGUCUUUUGUUCUUUAUCUGCGAUCAAGCUCACUAUGCAUCUUUCAAUGUUCGUACUAAUUUUCAAAAGAAAUUACUCAUGGUUGAAUUGAAUUGGAUGAACUCUGAUGCUCAGACUGAAAUCAAUAUGUUUUUACGUGCCACCGAAAUUAAUCCCUCGAACAUCAAUUGUGGUGGAUUCUUCGAUGUCAAUCGCAAUCUAUUCAAAGGGCUAUUGACAACAAUGGUUACAUACUUGGUAGUGUUGUUGCAAUUUCAAAUUAGUAUUCCAACUGAUAUACGAACUGUUAAUCGGAAUGUAACAAUAACCGAAGACAUUUCAAUGUCUGAUUCUAGUAUGAAUAGUGAGGAAAUGGAAGUUGAUGUUAUGACAACAAUGAUGACAACUCUAGCCACAACGACAACAACAAGAGCUACUGUGCCACCUGUUCGAGGUCGAAAGGGAUGAAUUAUUCAUACCAGUUGUGAAAAUAUAUUGAUGUAAUAUUUAGAAGUAGUUGUUUUUUUCGAAAUUUAUAUUAUAACCUUAGAAAAAAUAAAA